AUGGUAUCCUUUAGAUUAAAAGCUAUAGCCCUGCCAAUUAAAUUCAAUUUACAAAUUGGAGCAAAUAUGAUUGGAAAUACACAGGAACAUGAAAUCUGUAUAAACAAUAAAUAAAUUGUCAAUAAUCAUUGCUGUGUUGUUUUGAAUGAAGAGGAAAUAGAACUUAUUGUUUUAGAUGGUCCAGUCUUCUAUAAGAAUGAAGAAGGACAUUUUGACUAAUUGGCCAAAGAGUCUGUACUUAGUUUAAAUAUUGAGUCCGCGGAUUUUUCAAUUAGAUUAGGGUAAUCUAUAGAAGCUAAAGUUUAAGUGGUUAAUGGAACAUAGCAUCAAUAUCUUCCAAGAAAACUGCCUUAAAAAGAAACAAAAUAAUUUAAUUUGCAAGAACGGCUAUCCUAGAUAGAAGUCAAAGUUGUAGAGAGUCUCUAUACAUCUCCUUAGAGUGAUUUAGACCAAUUCUAAUAACAAUAAGAAUAAGAGCCAAACGAUGUAGACUUAUAGUAAAAUGAGGAGAUUAAUUCAAUUUCAUUUAAUUUAAAACAAUAAAAUAAUUAAGAAUAAAAACAAUAGAAACAAAAUUGUGAAUAAGCAAAUUAAAAUGAAACCAAUCAAAGAACAGAUGUAUUAUAAUUAAAUGAUUAUGAAUAAUAAACUGAGAUGUUAUCUAAUGGAACUCCUGAUUUUAAUAACAAUUCCAAGGAUAAGAAGGGAAUACAAAAUCAAACCAAAAAUAAAAAGAAAUCAAAUUAUAUCAUCAUACCAUAGAGAAAAGAUAGAGAAAGUUCUCCUAAAAAGAAAAGUAAUCAUAAGUAGAUGAAAGAAAUAAAAAAAGAAAGUCAAAGAAUGAGCUAAAGAAAAUGCAGCAGAUGGAAAUUUUGUAUAGCAUUUUCAGGAUUUCAUCCAAGUAGAGAUGAACAAUAGUUUUUAUUACUUCAGAAUGUUCAAGUUUGUUUAGAAGAUUACACAUUUAAUAUGCUAAUUAUGGAAGACAAUGUCGAAUUGAGAUCCAUCAAAUUAUUGAUUGCCUUAGCCAAAGGAAUUCCUAUAAUUUCUAGAAAUUGGUUAACAAGAUCAAUUAAUUAAUAUGAGAUUCUCGAUCACAAUUAAUAUUAAGUUCAAUUUUCUAGUGAGUUUUGCAAAGAAUACAAUUUUGAUUUUAAACAAUAUUAAAAAAGACUUCAAAAAUGUAAAGAUGCCAAAAUAAUGCCCUUGAAAGGUGUGACAAUAUUUGUUCCAAAAAGAAUGAACUAUCAUAUUGAACAUUUCGAAUUAGAAUACUUGGUAGAAUCCUUAGGUGGUAAAUUUGUACAUUAAAUACAUGAUGAAGGAGAAGCAUAAAUUUAUAUGUUAAUACCUAAAGAUCAAACAAAAAUCGUAGGCUAUGACUAACACUAACAAAGUCCUAUUGAAUGCUUAUUCAAGAGUGCAUUGAAAUAUAAAAAUCUCCUUUGA